AUGGCCGUCACCACUGAGCACAUUGCCAUUGCAGAGUUGGUCAUAUACAUCCCCGUCACCUUACUGGCCAUCUUUGUGGUUGUUCGUCAUGGAUUCCACAAGCAGUUGGGAUGGAUCUAUCUCUGUAUCUUUGGAGUCAUUCGUGUUGCCGGAGCUGUCAUGGAGAUUCUGAGCACCAACCACCCUGAUAACACAAGCGACAAAGAAUGGGCUGUCAUCCUACAAUCCGUUGGCCUUUCUCCUCUUCUUCUUUCAACAUUAGGACUUUUGAAAAGAAUCUUUGAUGAGACAACUACCCAUAUCCCAUCGGAUCCAGAUUCCAAGGGCAAUACCGUGCUCGAAGUCUUAGGCUACCUACCUGUUAUCGGUAAAAUUGUAUCCAUCUUCAACAAGAAAGCAACCGCCAUAUCUCGUCGCAGCAAAAUCGUUCAACUCCUCCAUAUCCCCUCAUUCAUCGCCUUGAUUUUAGCAAUCAGCGGUGGAUCCGAUCAAUCUUCAUCGAGCGCAUCAGACCGCUCAAGCGGUAAAAAGGAGACUGAGGCUGCAAUCAUCAUGUUCCUCCUGAUCUACGUUGCCACUUGCACUCUUUUUAUCAUCACCUUACGAGAUCUCCGUGAAAUGCUACCAAGUCAACAACGGAUCUAUAUGUGCAUCUUCUUUGCAUUGCCUCUGAUUGCUGUCCGGUUAUUGUACAGCUUGAUUAGUGACUUUGGUCAUGAUGCAAAGUUUUCCUUGGUUGAUGGUGAUCCAGCCGUUCAACUGGGUAUGGCCACCAUCGAGGAAUUUUUGGUUGUUCUGAUGUACACCGUCUUGGGUGUGAUUACUCCUAAAUCUACCAUUGAUCGCGCUGUCGGAGGGGGUAUUGUUCGGCCGGAGAGUCAUUCUCUGGAAGGUGGCAACUCUGGCCAGCCUGUAUCCUAUGCCGAGGCUGGAGCUCAAAAUGCAUACUACCAAGAUUAUGCACGACACAACCAGCAGCCCAGAUAA